GUUGAGAUUCCAAAGGGCUGCCUACAAACCAAAUGGCAACCUAGCUUUGGCAGGCUGAUGCUUCAUUUCGGCUGCUCUCGCCCCCUCUAGCGUUUGCAAAGCUCAUCUGUCUGAUUAUACAGUUACCUCACUGAACAAGAUCUUGGCUAAGUCCUGCCCAUCUAUGACAUCACCCCCGUCUUCAGCCACUGCGAGGUGAAGCUUUAAACUUCAGACUUGGAGGUGGGCUGUGUGCAGUAAACUGGAAUGCUCUCCCUCACUCACUCCUCAGUGUAGGAGUGAUCUGAAGCAGGACAAGCUCAGCCUGCAGCUGCCGUGGGCUUUGUGUGGACUGGACGCAGAGCUUGGGAGACGGGGGAGGGCUAUUACUCCAAUUCACAGUCAAUGGAAUUACAGCUAUAGCGGCAGUGUAUAUAGGAUUGCUUUUUCUCGUCUUCCUGGAGAUGCUCAGUCCCAGUAUAUUUUAAAGAAGAGAAAUAUAAAGGAAAUUUAGUAUGCCUCCUUUUCUUUCAAUGAAGAAUUUAGUUUCCUUUACUUCCUAAAAGAGAAUACCUGUUCUUGUGUAAUGUGACUGCACCAGACAUUCCGAAAAAUCAGCAAGAAGCAAAAGCUGGAAAUAGCUAUUUCACAGCAGGUAAUCAUACCUCAGGAUGUAGCUACUGUACAAAGUUUAUACUUGGAUAAUCCUGGAUGGGAAUAAAGGUAGGGGGUAACUGCCUGAAAAACCUAUUACUAUACAGGCCUUAGCAUCAUGAAUGACUUUCUUCAUGAGGAUCUGAAGUUACUAUCUCUGACCACAUUGCACAGAAGAGCCAAUAAGAAUUUCAAAGAGGGCAAUUUCCACUAAGGGAAUUAAGCUACACAAAAGGAACCUUCACACAGAAACUCUAUCAGAAAGAAAAAAAAAAUACAUAGGAAGCCAUGUGUCCUACAUAGUAACAGGAAGCAGAAUUGUUUCUGCCCCCACUUUAAUGAGCUUGCCCACCAUGCUGAACUGCAGCUGGAAUGUUCAUUGACAACAGCAAGCCUGAUCUGGAGGUGUGUGCGACAUAGGAUUACUUGAAUAAACGGUGAAGAACAUUUCCAAGGACUUAACAAAAGUUUAUAAGUCCCAGUCCCUCACCAGGAAAAUAAUAUAUGUGCAUUGGAUAUUCACCCCCGCAAAAUUUACUCACAUCGUUCAAUAAGGUAGGAAAAACAAAGUAUUUUAUUUUCAUGCCUAAAAUUACAAAGGCUAAUUAAUACUUAAAAGGACAGAAGAGAUUAUAUUACACAAUACAUCAGUAUAAAUCUAUACUUUGCCAGCCAUAGAAAAAGUUGAUUUAUGUUCUAAGGUUAGAAUUUAAAGAAAUAUAAAUGCACUGUGAAAACACGUUAUGAGAUAGAAAAUAAUGAAAAAUGUGGACAAAGUCAUUAAAACCUGCAGUAUAACAAAAUGCAAACAGAAGAAAGACAGAGUUUAAUAUGAAGUGAAAUUUUCCACUUAGGUUAGCUGGAUGUAUUAGCUUUGUAAUUCUUUCCCAAAAAUAAAUGAAGGAAUCAUUCUUAUUUUCUUAUAGAAAUCCAUCCGUUUAAAAUAAUGCUUAAAAUGAAUAACCAAAGAAAACGAAAUGACAUUAAUAAUCAAAACAAACUAUGGGUUUAAUUGAGAUUGAGGAUCUCAAGAUGUGUGUAACUAUUCCUAAGUAUGAAGAGAAUAGGUAUUUUUAUGACAUUUUUCUACACCUGUAUAGUUUUUGCCUAAUAAAAAGUAAAUAUAAAAAUGUGUGGUUUUUUGAUAACAGUAAAAUGAUUACCUUUAAAUAUAACAAAUAAUAUUCCAAGGUGUUACUUAUUAUGAAUAUUAAGUAAGAAAUGGAUAUUCAAUCAGCUUGAUCAGUGACUGUCUAAAGGUUGAUAUAAAGUAUAAUUAAAAGGCUUUAGAUUAUUCAAUAAAACUUCAGUUAUAUUUAACAUUUCAAAAUCAAAUGGAUUUAGGACAGAUACUUUUUAAUUUAUAAAGAAAUUAAGAAACCAUUAAGGUAAAGAGAUUAUAUGACAGUGUCUAUUGUUAGCUAGCAAUAAACCCUAUUAUGCCCCCUCCCAAAACAAAUUAAAAUAUUAAAAGUGAUUAUGGAUAUUUUAGUUUCCACAUUCGUUUUAAAUAUUAUAUUCAGUAUGCUGGCCUUAUUGUUUUCUGUCUUUUUUUACUCACUUCAUUUUAGGGUUCUGAAGUAACGGAAGCUACCUUGUAUAAAGACCUCAACACUGCUGACCAUGAUCAGCCCAGCUUGGAGCAUCUUCCUCAUUUGGACUAAAAUUGGGCUGUUCCUUCAAUUAGCACCUCUAUCAGUUAUGGCUAAAUCCUGUCCAUCUGUGUGUCGCUGCGAUGCGGGUUUCAUUUACUGUAAUGAUCGCUUUCUGACAUCCAUUCCAACAGGAAUACCAGAGGAUGCUACAACUCUCUACCUUCAAAACAACCAAAUAAAUAAUGCCGGGAUUCCUUCAGAUUUGAAAAACUUGCUGAAGGUAGAAAGAAUAUACCUAUACCACAACAGUUUAGAUGAAUUUCCUACCAACCUCCCCAAGUAUGUAAAGGAGUUACAUUUGCAAGAAAAUAACAUAAGGACUAUCACUUACGAUUCACUUUCAAAAAUUCCCUAUCUGGAAGAAUUACAUUUAGAUGACAACUCUGUCUCUGCAGUUAGCAUUGAAGAGGGAGCAUUCCGAGACAGCAAUUAUCUCCGACUGCUUUUCCUGUCCCGUAACCACCUUAGCACAAUUCCCUGGGGUUUGCCGAGGACUAUAGAAGAACUACGCUUGGAUGAUAAUCGCAUAUCCACUAUUUCAUCACCAUCUCUUCAAGGUCUCACUAGUCUAAAACGCCUGGUUCUAGACGGAAACCUGUUGAACAAUCACGGUUUAGGUGACAAAGUUUUCUUCAACUUAGUUAAUUUAACAGAGCUGUCCCUGGUGCGGAAUUCCCUGACUGCUGCACCAGUAAACCUUCCAGGCACAAACCUGAGGAAGCUUUAUCUUCAAGAUAACCACAUCAAUCGGGUGCCCCCAAAUGCUUUUUCUUAUCUAAGGCAGCUCUAUCGACUGGAUAUGUCCAAUAAUAACCUAAGUAAUUUACCUCAGGGUAUCUUUGAUGAUUUGGACAAUAUAACACAACUGAUUCUUCGCAACAAUCCCUGGUACUGUGGGUGCAAGAUGAAAUGGGUACGUGACUGGUUACAAUCACUACCUGUGAAGGUCAACGUGCGUGGGCUCAUGUGCCAAGCCCCAGAAAAGGUUCGUGGGAUGGCUAUUAAGGAUCUCAAUGCAGAACUGUUUGAUUGUAAGGACAGUGGGAUUGUAAGCACCAUUCAGAUAACCACUGCAAUACCCAACACAGUGUUUCCUGCCCAAGGACAGUGGCCAGCUCCAGUGACCAAACAGCCAGAUAUUAAGAACCCCAAGCUCACUAAGGAUCACCAAACCACAGGGAGUCCCUCAAGAAAAACAAUUACAAUUACUGUGAAGUCUGUCACCUCUGAUACAAUUCAUAUCUCUUGGAAGCUUGCUCUACCUAUGACUGCUUUGAGACUCAGCUGGCUUAAACUGGGCCAUAGCCCGGCAUUUGGAUCUAUAACAGAAACAAUUGUAACAGGGGAACGCAGUGAGUACUUGGUCACAGCCCUGGAGCCUGAUUCACCCUAUAAAGUAUGCAUGGUUCCCAUGGAAACCAGCAACCUCUACCUAUUUGAUGAAACUCCUGUUUGUAUUGAGACUGAAACUGCACCCCUUCGAAUGUACAACCCUACAACCACCCUCAAUCGAGAGCAAGAGAAAGAACCUUACAAAAACCCCAAUUUACCUUUGGCUGCCAUCAUUGGUGGGGCUGUGGCCCUGGUUACCAUUGCCCUUCUCGCUUUAGUGUGUUGGUAUGUUCAUAGGAAUGGAUCGCUCUUCUCAAGGAACUGUGCAUAUAGCAAAGGGAGGAGGAGAAAGGAUGACUAUGCAGAAGCUGGCACUAAGAAGGACAACUCUAUCCUGGAAAUCAGGGAAACUUCUUUUCAGAUGUUACCAAUAAGCAAUGAACCCAUCUCGAAGGAGGAGUUUGUAAUACACACCAUAUUUCCUCCUAAUGGAAUGAAUCUGUACAAAAACAAUCACAGUGAAAGCAGUAGUAACCGAAGCUACAGAGACAGUGGUAUUCCAGACUCAGAUCACUCACACUCAUGAUGCUGAAGGACUUGCAGCAGACUUGUGUUUUGGGUUUUUUUAAACCUAAGGGAGGUGAUGGUAGGAACCCUGUUCUACUGCAAAACACUGGAAAAAGAGACUGAAAAAAAGCAAUGUACUGUACAUUUGCCAUAUAAUUUAUAUUUAAGAACUUUUUAUUAAAAGUUUCAAAUUUCAGGUUACUGCUGCGAUUGAUGUAGUGGAGAUGCCUGAACACAAUUCUAUAUUUUAGUAUUUUUUAGUAAUUUGUACUGUAUUCUCCUUGCAAAUAUUGGAGUUCUAAACCAUUUACUUUGUGUUCUACUGAGUAAGAUGACUUGUUGACUGUGAAAGUGAAUUUUCUUGCUGUGUUGAACAAUCAGGACUGCAUUCACAUGAGAUCCUUGUAGUAUAAGCACAGGCCAUUUUUCACUUUGGUAUUAAUAAAAUGUAAAAACAAAACUGGCUGAAUGGCUGAAUGAGAUAAAAUUUAAUUUUAAAAAAUGGUUAUGAAAUAAUGUUCCAAUUAUUAAAUUUGUAUUAUCCCAGUCAUAUUCAAUAAAUCAAAAUGUGUGAAGUAAUGGGCAAUAUCAAACUUCCUGCAUAUCUCCAUUUUUGCUCUAGGCAAAUUAAUUAUCCUUAAAAAAGUUAAGCAUAUCUUCUGAACUGAAUACAUCAGCUGGCAUAAAAGGAGCGUGAAGUCUGUUAAAGCCAUUGUCAGCAAAGCUUUGAAAAUAAAGGACUUCACAAAAAUAGUAAUGUAAAUGUGCUUCCAAGUUGGGGAGGAAAUGUGUACUUAGGAAAACAUGAAAACUUAGACUUGUCUGUAAUGAACACAAAUACCAAAACUGUAUUUUGGUUUUGCCUAUACCAUCCUGAUUUUUGAAAAGUGAAUUAUAAAUACAAAAUUGUUAGUGUUUAUGAUGUUUUUAUUAUAAAGGAUGUCAGAGAAACUUUAUGCAUCUUAAAAAUGUAAUUAUAAGCGAUUCCCCUCAACAAUCCAGAGAAAGUAGUUCUUUAAAUAAGAGAUAAUUUAAAGAAAAAUAAAUACUAGACAUCAAAUUUAGAUCUGGUUUAUGUCAAAGGUUUAACACUGUACAUAAAUGUUCGAUUUACUUUUACAAAGAUCAAGAUUACUGCCCAUUACUGUCACAAUUUUCCAGAUAUUACAUAAUGAACUUGUAAUGUAACAUUUCCUUCUAGCUUCCUACUGAAUUGUGAGCUAUUACUUGUUGAAAAACCAUAUCACUUUUCUUUUGCCAUGAUUUUUUUUUUUUUUCAACAAAAAACCAAAGUGCAUUGUACGCCCUUUGGCCAGUCUUGUAUGUGCCUUGAUCCAACGCUACAUGUAUUCAGCUUUUAAAACUCGACAAAUUUUUCAUACUCCUUAAAUAUGAAAAAUUAUGGUCUUAUUGCUGAAUAAAACUUUUAAAAAGUACAGAAUAAUUGUGCUUGCUUUUUCAGGAUUGUGUUACUAUCACUAAGUAGCAAAUUGCCCAGCACAUUAGUCCUAAACGUCCCAUGUAUUUUUCUAGGCAUAAAAAUAAAAGUUGGCUAAAAAUUUUAAAAAAUCAA